AAUUUAUUAUGAAUGUACUGAAUACUUGACUCCCUAUUACUGUAUCAACCAAGAAAUAGCAUCUGCUGGUCAAUUUUUGGGAUACGAUUGCGUAUAGACUUGUACUGGUGGCUCAUAGCAUUUCCCUUACGUCAAUCAUUUUAUUCUAAACAUAAAGGAACAUCUCAGAUUCUUAUGAUUGUCUUGCUUUAAAAGAAUGGCAGGUAACUUAGACCCAGACCUGAUUUAUAGUUCAACUGAAGAGAAGACAUUCAGUAAUCAGGAUAAAUUACCUCCCUUACCUGUACCUGAUCUUAGUCAUACACUGGACAGGUAUUUAGAUUCUGUAAAACCCCACGUAACACCAGAGCAAUAUAGACAGACAGAAUUUAUUGUUCAACAGUUUGCAUCUGGUGUUGGCAAACAAUUGCACAAGGAGCUUUUAGAAAAGGCUAAACACUCUAGAAAUUGGUUGGAAAGUUGGUGGGAUUCAGCUGCUUACUUAGAGGGUCGAUACCCAGUGGCACCUCAUGUUAACUUUGGUGGACCUGGACCAUAUAUUCACCACGUCUACCCACCAAAGGCAGGCACACAGAUAUACAGAGCUGGCAUGAUUUUGCAUUCAUCUCUAAAAUUCUGGCAGUUGGUUAGACAAGAAAAAUUAAGAAUAGAUAAAGACAGUAAAGGAAACAAGAUGUGUAUGAACCAAUUCCUCAGAGCAUAUAGUACCUGUAGAAUACCAGGGGCCCAUGUUGAUCAUUUGUCCUUCAACUUUAAAACAGAAUCACAAGGAGAUACACCUAGACAUGCUAUAGUGAUGUACAAGGAGAGGAUAUUUACAUUUGAUUGUGUUGAUGAAGAUUAUGAAAUAUUAACUCCUCCUGAAAUCAGUCAACAAUUACAAAAAAUCAAGGAUUUUUGCAAGACACAUCCACAGGGUCAAGGUGUGGGGGCACUAACAGCACUUGAAAGAACUCCCUGGGCUGAGAUGAGAAGCAGAUUAAUGGCUUUACAUCCUGAAAAUUUUCAUUAUCUACGGACCAUUGAGACUGCUAUUUUUGUUGCGACUUUAGAUGAUGCCAACCCUACUAGUGAAGUUGAAUUGUUUCAAGAAUCAUUGGGUGGAACACCAAUAGACAAAUGGUUUGAUAAAUCACUCAACCUUAUCUUUUUUGAAAAUGGGACAGCAGGUUCCAACUGUGAUCACACACCAGUGGAUGCAAUGGUUCUUGUAGCCAGUACAUAUUAUAAUGACCUGUUUAUUGCAAAAAAUAAAGGAAAAUGGCAGGGAAGUACUACAAAAAGAGAUUUACCAGAACCUGUACAACUUAUAUUCCAUGUAGAUGAUGUUAUUAAAGAUAAUAUAAUCAAAGCUAAACUUGACCACAAACAAGUAUCAGACAAUCUGCAGUGUAAUGCCAAGUUUUAUACAAAAUAUGGAAAGACAUAUUUACGCAGAAAUAAUCUACAUCCAGAUACACAUGUACAACUAGCAUUACAGUACGCUUACUAUAAAAUACACAAAAAACCCGGGCCAACAUAUGAAACAGCAACAAUAAGACGAUUUUAUAAUGGACGUACAGAGACAAUGAGGAGUUGUACAAGUGAAGCUUUGGAAUGGAGUAAAUCUAUGUGCAAUAAAAAUACUUCGGAACAGACAAAAUAUAAUUUAUAUCUGAAAGCUUCAAAUAAACAUAACAGAUUGAUGAGUGAAGCACAGGAAGUCAAAGGUUGUGAUCGACAUUUACUAGGGCUAUACCUGUUAGGAAGAGAACAAGGAUUACCUGUUCCACAAAUAUUUACUGAUCCUGCUUUUACUAAAAGUGGUGGCGGUGGUAACUUUGCCUUGUCUACAAGCUUUGUUGGAUAUACAACAGUUUAUGGUGGAGUGGCUCCAAUGGUGGAAGAUGGUUAUGGUUGUUUUUAUCACAUGGAACCUAAACAAAUAGCUGCUGUUGUAACGACAUGGAGAAGUUGUAAAGAAACAGAUUCUGUUGUGUUUAUGAAUGAAGUUCACCAAUGUUUCACAGAGAUGGGUGACAUGAUAGAGAAAGGCCAACAAACACAUGCUAAAUUAUGAAUAUUAGUGACAGAGAAAGGCCAACAAACACAUGCUAAAUUAUAAAUAUUAGCUGGCUCAAUACAGGUGUUGUGGGAUCAUUGUUCAUUAUGUGUUGUGUCUUAUCUAGCACUGCCUAAAUAGUUAUUAUUAUAUAAUAAACAGAUUUAUAUAGAAUAAGUGUGCAAUAAGCAGUCAACUUUAAUUAUCACAAAUUUGAUGGUCCAUACAAUAACUAUACCUGCCAACUGUCACUAUUCGCGGGGGAUUUCCCCCAUGGAAUUUUGAAAGAGCGAUGUUGUCCACAAUUUAAAUAAAACAAUUAAUUUUACAAUGACCAUAAGCUUAUAAAAGUAUGAAGAAGCCAAAAAACAAUAUUAGAAUGAAUUUGCAGGCCCCCUUUAAUGGUUUUUAGGACUAUGACAGCCAUCUGGCACACAAAAUCCCCAUGGGCAUUUUGAAAAGUUGGCAGGUAUUUAUAAUAAUUUAAGAUACUAGGAGUACAUAUUGGACAAAUCUUUCAAUUUGGGCCAAACAUCUUUCCAGGAAAUAACAGGAAUUUUUAAAUAAAAGGAGUGUGAGACAAAAACUGCAUGUUAUUCUGUCAAACAGAAUAUAAUCUUUUGUAUGAGAUAUAUAUGUGCCAUAAAUAUCCUGUGAGGAUAAGGGUUAACUAUUUGGUGGUCCCUUUUCAAAUCAUAUUUCAAAAUCUGCACUUUUAUAUUACUUUAUUGUCUCACACUGCUACCAUAGAAUAGAUUGUUAAUAAAACAUGAAAAGUAAUAUACAUGUUGAUUGUUCCACAAAAUGUGUUGAAAUCAAUUAACCAUGCAUAAUUAAGAACUGACUAAUUUGUUACUGUUUACUUAAUAUAAAAGUGAGAUGUGGUCUGAUUGCCAAUAAGACAACUAUCAGCAGUUCAAAUGAUGUGGAUGUAAGCAAUUAAUUUUCUGCUGGGAAAUGAUCAUCCAUAGUCCUUCAAUUGUUUGGUAUUUUAAAGAUAAGAAAUAACUGUUCUGUUCCUUUAAUUGAUAAAUGAAUUUUCUGAUUAUUGGCAACAGACAAUAUUGCUCAGGGUUAUUUCAAUAGUAAAUUACCUCCCUUUGAUGUUCUCUAUGUUUUUUGUUAUGUAAUGAUAUUUUUGAGCAUUUUUUUAAGAAACUGUAAUUUUUGUAUCUUUACAUAGAAAGUAUUUUGUUUUACUCUUUACGCUUCUGUAAUACCAAAGUUAUUUUGUAUUUUUAUGUCAAACUCUGAAAUAUAUUCCAUGUCUUUAAGAAUUAAGUAAACAUAGUCUUAAUGAGGGUACUUGUAUGCAAUAUUUUUUAUUGAUUCAGUGAUAUGUAUUUAUUAUUUUAAUUGAGAAAAGGGAGAAUACCUUGUUUUGUAAGAAACAAAAGAAAAGCAUAUUUUAAUAUGACUCUUGUUGAAUUCUGACUAAUUUUGUCAUUUUCAUUGGUCAUUUUUUUGGGGUUGUAAUGUCAUAAGAUUUUAUAACUCAUUUGAAAUAACUCAUAUUUGAUUGCAGUAUUUUUUGUGCUGAAAUAUUACAAAAUUUGGUAUUUUGGUAUCAGGGGGUAAAAGUGGGUUUACAUGCUGGGAAAAAAACCUAAAAAAAUAAAAAAAAUCAAUUUCUUCUAUGAAUGUUUUAUGAAAAAUAAAUUCAUUGUAACAAGAGAUAAUUAUUUGUGUUAGUUUUAAACUGAUAGUCUUCUUUUAUCAUAUUCCAGAAAUAAAAAAGCCUCAUCGAGCAAUAAAUUAAAAAUUAAUCUGGAAAAUUAUUUGUUUAUUCUCCUGAUUUUAUGAUUUUAAAGCAUUUUUCCUUAUUUUUUAUAUUUCAUAGGAUAUCUUUAAUUGCUAUUUUGUUUAUUUUCUCUUUGAAAUGGUUUUUUUUUUGAUUUUUCAUAUCAUGCUAACAGCUUAAGAUAGAAAACUAGUGCUAGAAACUUUAGGUGCAAAUACCAUUUUCAAUGUAAACAUCACAACAUUAUGGGACAAAUAUCAAUAAACAGAUUAUCAAUGGCCUUUCAAACUUAAGGAUGUUUCUAGGUCAUAUCUCAUUUCAGGGCAGUCACCCUUCAAUGAGAUUGUAGCUGAGAAACACCUUAUCUUUAAAAACCAUCAGCAAACUAUGAAUAUUACAUAGAAUAACUAAUAUAACAUGAAUACAUCUCACUAAGUCUGGAAACCAGUGUUAGAGGCUCCAAAAUCAAUACUAACUGUGCUAGCAAAGCCUUUGAAUUGUUCCUUUUAAAAUCUUGAUAUAAAAGAGCAGUACUGAUAAUCUAGCAAAAAGGUUGUUGACAUAUAUUAUGUAGAUUCUGUAAUGCUGUUAAAAUUUAUAUUGCAAUGAUAGAUGCAGCUUUAAUAUUUUUUAUUAGAUUGUAAAUGGCUAUAUUUUGGUGCAUUUAAUGUGAUUUAUUGUAUAAUUUAUAUUCAUUUAAACAUAAUGUUUUUAGUUAGAUAUUUUAUAGCAACUGACAAUGCAAUUAAUUUUACUAUAUACAAAUUCAAAAUAUUUUAAAAUAAAAUGAUCAGCACUUUG